UCAUCAGCUUGGAAAGGGCAACCUUUGAAGGGGAACUUGAUGUAAUUCAAUAACUUUGACUCUCCGUAAAGUGAGUAAGCACAAUGAUUCCUAACAACAAAUAAACUCUUAUUUUCCCCCUGUUUAUUUUUCACGCGGUCGAACAAUUUGUUCUGUAUCGUUUGAUGGGGAGGAAGCGGUAGCUUCCUGCUACUCUUCCCUGCCAGAGAGGAAAAGAAAGAGGCUGUAGAGAUUCUUCAUCAACAACGGACGCGUUGGACACGUGAAGAGAGAUGUCUGAGGAAGAAACAGCCGCGUCGACUUGGAAGAUGAAGACGGCGUUGAGUGAAAACAUGCUGUUUGGGAUGGGAAAUCCCUUGUUGGACAUCUCAGCUGUGGUGGACAAAGAUUUCCUUGACAAGUUUGGACUGAAACCAAACGACCAGAUCUUGGCUGAAGACAAACACAAAGCCUUGUUUGAAGAAAUUGUCAAGAGAAACAAAGUUGAAUACCAUGCCGGUGGCUCUACCCAGAACUCAGUGAAAAUCGCUCAGUGGAUGCUCCAGAAACCGCAUAAGGUGGCUACCUUCUUUGGGUGCAUCGGGAAGGAUGACUUCGGCAAGAUCCUGAAGAAGAAGGCGGAGGAAGCUCAUGUCGAUGCCCAUUACUAUGAGCAGACCGAGGAGCCGACUGGUACCUGUGCAGCUUGCAUCACUGGAGACAAUAGGUCCCUUGUUGCUAACCUGGCAGCGGCAAACUGCUACAAAAAGGAAAAACACCUGGACUUGGACAGCAACUGGGAGCUGGUGGAGAAAGCCAAGGUCUAUUAUAUUGCGGGGUUUUUCCUGACCGUUUCUCCAGAGUCGAUCCUUAAGGUGGCAAAGCAUGCUUCAGAAAACAACAAAAUCUUCUGCAUGAAUCUCUCCGCACCAUUCAUCAGCCAAUUCUUUAAAGAACCCUUGAUGAAGGUGAUGCCAUAUGUUGACAUCUUGUUUGGCAACGAAACGGAAGCGGCCACAUUUGCCAAAGAGCUGGGCUUUGAGACGGAUGACAUUGCAGUGAUCGCGAACAAGACCCAAAACCUCCCCAAGGAGAACGCAAAGAGGCAGCGAUUGGUGGUCUUCACCCAGGGCAAGGACGACACCGUUGCAACUGUUGGUGAUAAAGUGACCAUGUUUCCCGUUUUGGACAUCGACCAAAAUGACAUUGUGGACACCAACGGAGCAGGAGACGCCUUUGUUGGAGGAUUCCUCUUUGCACUUGUCCAAGAGCAGUCAUUGGAGGAGUGCAUCCGGGCCGGACACUAUGCAGCCAACGUGAUCAUCAGACGGGUCGGAUGCACUUUCCCAGAGAAACCGGAUUUUCACUGAUUAAUCCAAUCUGUCACUCCCACAAGAUGCUUACUGUACCAAUUUAUACUCUUCAGGAUUUUACGUGUAUUUUUCUAUUUCCUCUGACUGACAUUUUGAAAAUAAUUGCUGCGGCUUGAUGGAUUUAUUGAGCCAUGAUAAGCAACGGAGAUAUUAUAAUGCAAUUCAAACAAUGUACUAGCAUCGGACAUUGGAAAAUGUUCAUAGGAAAAGCCGCAUUCCAGCAGAAGCUGCCAUUUGAGAAUCAACAACUGAAUACCUGAAUUGCUGAUAAGUUUGAAUCAGUAACGUAGACACUGUCUUGGUCCUUUGUCCAUAAUCUUUAAGGAAUAGUUUGAAGGUAUUUCAUAAUAUAAUUUAAAUAUAUAUAAGAAAUUGAUCAAUGUCUGAGAAAUGUAUCAUAGUGUGGGGACACCUCAAGUGUUUCUCAGUAGUUAUUCUAAGAUGUGGUUUCUUGCUCCCUUAUCUGAGAAUUGCUGCUAACUUGUGACCACAAAAUGCAAAUGAACAAACAGCAUUACAAUCCACUUCUCAACUGUUGCUCAGUGGUUUUAUGAACAGUUAUCAAUUUGCCAGUAGGCUGUUGGUGUCACUUCUGUCUUUGAGUUUUUGACACAUGAGGAGGUAAUAGUAAUGCAGAAGAGGUAUGUUUACAGCCCUAUCCAUAAUUAUUGGCCCCCUGGUGAAAAGUUGUAAAAACCGUCAGAAUAAAUGUAUUGCAGCAGCAUAAUGUCACACAAUUCCUUUCUUUAUUCUAAAAAAAAUCAACCCUUAUUUUUGUAAAUUCAGAAUGUUGGUGACUGGUGAACCAUUUUGGUGUUGGUUUGACUCUUGUUUUUUGCUGACAGAUCCAAUGAUGAUAAACUUGUUGUCUGGAAGAAGCACGCCUAGAUUUCCAUUUAAAAUAUCUCAAUAAUUUAAGGAUUUCAUGCAUACCACCACAAAAUCAGAUAUUUCCUAACAAUGGAUAUUUUUUCCUUGUUGAAUAAAUAUAUUGAAAUUAAAGGUUGAGUUUUCUUAAUUGUUUAGUGUACAAUUAUGCUGCUGCAAUAAAAGCUUAAUUUAUUUUAGGGCUUUUUACAGAGCUUUAUUGUGUGUGUGCAUAAGUGCAGAGGGCCCUGUCGUGGCGUGAAUAAUGAAUGCAAGCUAGCACUGUACAAAGUGUCAUCAUUGAUGCCUGUUGGUAAAAAUGUUUGUUAUUCAAUUUUAAAAAAAUAUUCCCUUGAUUUGCAGUUUGAUGCUGCAGACAUCAUUGAUAAAUUACGACUAUUGACUGCU